GUCUUUGUGCCAAAAUCAAUUUUAUUUACUAUUAUUUUUUUUUUUUAUCUUCAAUACAAUAAUUAUGUUGUUUAACUGACUCUCACUGAAAUAUAAUUUCCACAUACAGAUUAAACACUGCCAUCUUAUAUUUGAUUUGUAUUAAAUUAGGCUCUUCCUCAUUCAUCAAUCAGUCACAAAGACUUAACUUAAACUCCAUUUUUAAAUGUUUGACAACAAGGACAGAAUCUGACUACCCAAAGGCACAGGACCAAACAGUAUGGCACUACAUAAAUAUAUAAAUGAAGAUAAGAGUUCAUGGAUGGACUACAGGAAGUUAGUACCAAGUAGGAUGUAUAAUACCAAAGAAUCAAACAGUUGUGAAUUUAAGAGGCCCGUUCAACUAUAACCGCCAAUUAUGGAGCUUUUAUUUUGAAGGCUUCAGUUUGUAACCGGAUAUGCAGUGGCUAACAUUGUCUAGUUUCAUAUCGGAAGAGAAAAGUGGCGGGCUGAGCUCGAGCUGGUUUUCUUCCUCAACGUCCGCUCGGAGGAUUUAAAUCCGGACUCUCUCCGGUUCAGAGUCAGUUCGUCUUCAGAAGAAUUAUCAUCUUAUCAGAAUGAGUGGUCGCGGAAAGGGAGGGAAAGGACUCGGCAAAGGAGGCGCCAAGCGUCACCGUAAAGUCCUUCGUGAUAACAUCCAGGGAAUCACCAAGCCCGCCAUCCGCCGUCUGGCUCGCCGUGGCGGUGUGAAGCGGAUCUCCGGUCUGAUCUAUGAGGAGACCCGCGGUGUGUUGAAGGUGUUCCUGGAGAACGUGAUCCGUGACGCCGUCACCUACACCGAGCACGCCAAGAGGAAGACCGUCACCGCCAUGGAUGUGGUUUACGCUCUGAAGAGACAGGGCCGCACCCUGUACGGCUUCGGAGGUUAAACCUGUUACUCCACCUGGAUACUAAACAAAAGGCUCUUUUAAGAGCCACACACAUCACCUAGAGAGCUUUAUUCACACUCAUUUAACUAACACUUUACAAUAGAUCAUUACAUUAUAACCCA